AAAUACUUGAUAAUAUACCUCUGUAAGCUUUAUCAUACUCGGAUGGAACCAAAUAAGAAGCAUCCGAGGCAAAAACAAAUACAUUUACCUUCAAAAAUGCAUCGACCAGGUAACAAGAUUUACAAAUUCUGAAUGAAAAUAUAUGGUAUUACUAUACAUGAUGUUCGGGUGAGCUCAGAGCUUGUCCGUGGAUAUGGAGCGGGAAAUACCGAGUGUUCCCAUCACCACACUUGCAGGAGUGGCCAGUUUAACUGAACUGCUGCCAGAAAUGCCACUUCCCACACCUCUUCCACAAACAUUGAGUAACAAGUCAUUACUCUUUCAUCCAAGGGUUGCGGAAGAAGCCCAAAAUUUGCUGGGAACUAAAGAUGAAGUUCUUAUACCUCAGUUGGUUCAGUCUUUAUCCCAAACAUCUUCACACUACAUAGAGGUGAAAGAUAUUUAUGCAGGUUUGGAACAGCAGCAAAUUGAACAACAAGAAAAUGCUCCUGAACUUUUAAAGGCAGUAUUAACUGCAAACCCGAGUCUUUUUACUUCUGUUACUGGUUCUCAAGUUGGUCAGGAUCACUCGGUUUUUGUAAAAAAAGAAAUAAAACAAGAGAAACCAGAAACACCAAGUACUUGUUCUACUUCAUUCAAACAAGAGGUUACACCAAGUACUUGUUCAUUCAAACAAGAGGUUUUAACCGUUAAUAAAGAACAACAAACGAAUAAUGAGGAAAAACACUCAAAAGACACUCAAACUUAUAGUGGAAGUGAAACAUUGCCGUCUGAUUUAUUUUUACCUGCCACUGAUGUAUCCCAAAUAGGUGAACUAUCAACCCAGUCACAACAGCAGCAGAUGCCUUCGAGACCGUCCGUUAUUACAGCACAGGCAACUACCCAAACAAUUACUCAGAGCCAAGUAUCACAAUCAGAGCAAUCUCAACCAAAAAGGGAGUCUUCCACAACAGAACAACUUCGACAGCUAAGGCGCACUACAAUUACUAAGGAACCAAUAGAAAUAGUAAUUCAGGAUGAAGAAACGCAAACAACACCGACACCGCUUACACCUGCAUCAGCUCAAACAAAUCACAUAAAACAAACAACAUCUAGCAGUCAAACAACACCUAAUACAACACCCACCCCAACACCUAUUACAAUAAAACAGCCUGUUGUAAAACUGGACCGAAUAUCAGAGGAUGAUCAGAUGCUUAUGCAAAUUAGCAUAUCAAAAUUUGCAGAGUGCAGACCUGAUUUGGCUAAAGAAUUAGGAAUUGUGCCUAAGCAGGAACUUGAAGAUCCUGAAAGUGAAGGUAGUCAAAAAAAAAACUCAAAAUUAAAAAGGCGUGCCGCGGGCGCAGACGAAGACGCUGAUUACAUUCCCGACGAAUUUUCUGCACUUGUGGGCAGCACAAAAAGAAGAAAAACCGUGAUAAAGGAAGAAAAACCGGAACCGAUCAUGGUAAAACCAAAACUAAGAAGGGUGGAGAAGAAAUUUGUCCCAGUUCUCGAGAAACUUUCUACUGAAGAGCUUAUGGAGACAAAUACUUACCACCGAUUUAACAAAUCAAUAGAACAUGUGUUAAAAAAUCAGGAGGAUAUAGAUUGUCCGGAAAUUUCUGAAGAUGGCAUUGUCCAAGAUGAAUAUCUUCUUAACAGAGUGACAAUGAAAGAACUUGUUACUGAAGCAGCUAAAUUGAAAAAUUUAGGUGCUACAGAAAUGAUUCCAACUGAUAAAUUGGUAAGACUGUUAAAUGUAAUGGAAUUAAACAUAAGGGGCGGUGACCGCGUUUCUCCCAUAACUGAUGAAGAUAAUGAAAGUAUUCGUCAAUUAUGGAUGGAAACAACCAUGGACAGGGUCAUGGGAGCUGCCGAUGCUUGUUUAGUUUCUCUUUAUCUCAUGACUUCAUCAAAUAUGCCCAAAAGGGUGUAUUUAGAGGAUGUCAUAGACAGGGUGGUGCUGUAUAUUAAAUACCAAUUGCAUAACACGAUUUUUCCUUCUUUUGAUUCCACCUACAGGCUGGACAAUAAGAAAAAGGACGGUCGUAGAAAGAAAAAUGCCCAGGUGUCAGAAAAAAGUAUACUGGUUUUGUACAAUAAAAUGUCAGAGCUAAUUAACUUGUUAGCAGAACUGCUCAGUAUUCAGGUAUUAACAGAUACGUCUGUUCUUCACGCGUCUUCAAUGGGCGUGUCACCAUUUUUCGUGGAAAAUGUCAGUGAACUUCAAUUAGCAUGUUUAAAGUUAGUGACAACUAUUUUCACGCGCUACGAAAAACAUCGCAGGCUACUACUAGACGAUAUUCUUGCCUCUAUUGCUCGUCUUCCGAGUACAAAGCGUAGCCUUAGGACUUACAGGCUCAGUGGUGACGAACAUAUACAAAUGCUUACGGCAUUGGUUCUACAGUUAAUUCAGUGUGUUGUGGCGCUUCCAGAGAACAUUACUAAACCGGAUAAACAGUCUGAAAAUUCGCACCCAGUUGACCAAGACGUAUUGAUUUGUAAUAAAUAUGAAAAGGCUACGACCACGGCUGGAACUUUCUUGGCGGUUUUUCUAAGUAAAUGUGGCAGCAAAUCUGAAGACAUUGAUUAUAGACCUCUCUUUGAAAACUUUGUCCAGGAUUUGCUUGCAACUGUUAAUAAACCAGAGUGGCCAGCCACAGAACUAUUACUUAGCCUUUUAGGAAAAAUGUUGGUCAAAAACUUUUCAAAUAAAGGAACCGACAUGUCCCUAAGAGUAGCUAGUUUAGACUACUUAGGUGUUGUAGCUGCCCGCCUUCGUAGAGACAGCAUUGUAUCGAACUGUAAAGUUGAUACAAUAGAUCAAAUGAUAAGAGACAUUAAGCUAGAAGAGUCUAAAGAUAGUGACGAGGCGUUAUUAAAGAAAAAGAAAGAAAAAUUGGACAUCGAAGAGGACAGACUUCGUUUUUUGCAGGGUGUACUUCUUGACUUUUUAGCUGUGAGUGGUCAAACUGACGAAGCUCAUCGUCACGCAAGACAUUUUUAUAUAGCUCAGUGGUAUAAAGAUGCAACAAACGAAAAAUCCCGCGUUGUUUCUGAGAAAACUAACGCUAAAGAAAACCACAGAUCUCGUUCAAGGAAAGGAAUAAACGACGUUGACAAUUCUGAUUCAGAAGAUAACGAAGCAAGAGACAUAUCAACUGAUCAGGAACAUGCAGAAAAGUUUCGUAUGUUGGAAGACAGAAAGAAGUUCCUUAUCAACAAAAUACGUCCCUUCCAAGAAAAAAUUUCUUCCGGUAAUCGUGUAAAAGUUUUCGAAACUUAUAUUGAUUACAGUAGCGCAGAGCUAAUUGCUCAAUACCUUGCUUCGAAAAGAUACUUCUCUCAAAGUUUUGACCAAUAUCUUAAAGCUAUUCUUAUAGUGCUGAAGGAAACAUCUAUAGCAAUUAGAACAAAAGCGAUGAAAUGCCUCGCGUCUAUAGUAGAAGCUGACCCGUCGGUUUUGGGAAGACAUGACAUGCAAAUGGGCGUAAACCAUUCUUUUCUUGACCACGCCACUUCUGUUAGAGAAGCAGCAGUUGAUCUUGUUGGUAAAUUUGUUCUAAGUCGCCCAGAGUUGAUAUCGAAAUAUUACGAAAUGCUCUCUGCGCGUAUCUUGGAUACUGGUGUGAGCGUUAGAAAGCGUGUCAUCAAAAUUUUAAAAGACAUUUGCAUCGAAUGUCCGGAUUUUCCAAAAAUUCCGGAAAUUUGUGUUAAAAUGAUACGCAGAGUUAAUGAUGAAGAGGGCAUAAGAAAAUUGGUAAUGGAAGUAUUUCAAAACAUGUGGUUUACCCCCACCAAGGAUUCGUCUCUUUUACGUAAAGUAAUGAAUAUUACAGAUGUUGUUGCUUCAGCUAAAGACAUUGGAUUGGAAUGGUUUGAGCAGCUUCUGAUUAGUUUGUUUAAACCAAAAGAAGAUAAAGACGAUUCUACCAAAAUUCCGACAGAACCAUCGAGAACGUUAAUUUUAGCUUGUACCCAGAUAGUCGAUUGUUUGAUUGAAAAUGUCAUUCGGCUCGAGGAGACCCAUAACAGUAGCGGAUCUUCUCAAAGGCUAGUAGCUUGUAUGACUACGUUGUAUUUGUUUGCAAAAAUAAGGCCACAACUCUUGGUCAAACAUGCAAGUACAUUACAGCCAUAUCUUAGCCUGAAGUGUCAGUCACAGGGUGACAUCCAAAUUGUUAGUAACGUGGCAAGAAUGCUAGAACUGGUGGUGCCACUUAUGGAGCAUCCUAGUGAAACUUUCCUCGCCCAAUUGGAAGAAGAUUCUAUGAAACUAAUUUUGUAUCAUGGAAGGCCUGUUGUUGCAAGUUGCCUUUCUUGUCUUGGAUCAGUUGUUAAUAACGUUACAAGAAACUUCAAAUUGAUAAGAGAUUGCUUUAAAAGGUUCUAUGAUUGCUUGAAAGUCUGCAAAACAUAUUUUGAAAAUGGGAAUUCAGGUUAUAUUUUAGAAAAUGUAAAACAUCGCCAAUAUUUUAGAAGAGCACUGUAUACAGUUGGUCUACUUUUAAGACAUUUCGAUUUCAAAGAUCCUGAAGUUAUAGGAGAUUUUCCUCCGGAUAUCAAAGAUCAAGUAUUUCAAACGCUAAUGUAUUUUUUACAACAAGAAGACACAGAUCUUCAAGCGUAUACACUAAAUGCUAUUGGAUCUAUUUGCAUAAGACACUACGAAUUUAUGCUGGAGAAUGAGCUUAAAACGUUUUAUCAUCGUAUGCUUACUUCAGAAGAUGCACCUCUUAUAAUGAAAUCGGAAGUUCUAGUCAAUAUUGAAAUGUAUUUGAUAGAAGAAGAACGUAGAAUGAUUCAACAAGAUAUGGAAUGGUCUAAACGUUCAAAGCAGGAAAACUUGAAAGAGAUGGGAGACAUAUCUUCUGGAAUGGCUAGUACAGUGAUUCAAUUAUAUUUAAAAGAAAUUUUGCAGUCUUAUUUACAUUCCAAUUUACAAGUCCGUCAGCCAGCUCUGCGUGUAAUUCAAUUAAUUUUACAGCAAGGUUUGGUGCAUCCUGUACAAAUAGUUCCCUAUUUAAUUUGUAUGAGUACAGAUUGUGAAAAAGUAGUGUCUCACAGUGCCGACAAACAACUUCUAGAAAUCGAGAAAAAAUAUCCUGGAUUUAUUCAUACUAAAUCAUCAUUGGGUAUCAGAUUAUCUUAUCAAUUGCAAAAGAUUUUACAGGCGGAGAAAAUCGUACGUGGGUUUAAGAUAAAGGAAAAGGGAGAAUACCCCACCGGACUCAACGGUUACCUCUAUUCUAUUCUUAGAAAUUCUAGACAACAAAGACGUGCCUUAAUUCUUAAUAUUUUAAAGCAAUUUGAUGAACAAGUGCAUACUACUUUAUCAUAUAUGUUGUACCUGGCUGAUAAUUUAGCAUACUUUCCCUACCAGGUUCAAGACGAACCCCUAUUUAUCAUUCAUCAUAUUGACAUAAUGAUCUCUGUAUCCGGCACUAAUCUUUUGCAAUCGUUUCGCGAAGGUUUAAUAAUGACUGACGCUCAGCAAAAAGUUAUUGAAGAAGGGCAGAAUGACGCUAGUACCAAUUUAAUAUCAGCUUUGGAUGAAGAGGAUGAUGAUGAGGUCACACUCCUAGCAAGAGUACCUGAAGAUGCUUCACAUCUUCAAGCAUGCAUUACAGCUGCGCAAGGUUGCCUUCUCCUUCUUAUGCUUAAGCAACAUCUUAAAGAUGUCUAUGGCCUCAGUGAUGGCAAAAUUCAACAAUACUCCCCAUCAGAGCCGGCUAAGGUUUACGAAAAGGCUACAAAUCGCAGAAGUAACACACAUUUCAACCCUAAAAGUACAAUAAAUAAACUGAAAGAAGGAACUCCCACCAAGUGCUUAGAUGAAGAUGGAAGAAAAGAUCUAAUAAAUCAGUACUUAGAUUUCAAACAGCUUAUGCUAAAAUUGGACCCCGAUGAUCCUGACGAUGACGAAAACAACAAAGUCUUAAUGGCUUUAAGUUCGGGAAAUCCGACUCCUGCAGUUAACUCCUUGGACCCUACGACGCAAAGCACAAUUCUUACUGAAGCUGACCAAGUGACGUUAGCAAAUUAUAAGGCUACAACACCACCAAAAGUGCCCAAACUUAUAAUCUCAAAUCGGAGACUUGAUAGUGAUAAUAGACGAACCCCGCGAACUCAUAAAAUGGACAAGAAUAAAAAACAUAAACAAAAAAAGCGAAGACGGAAACUAAUGAGCUCAUCAGGUGAUGAAAGUGAAAAUGACUAUAGUGAUCCGGACUUCAUGGCCUAGCCAGUGGUGUACAGUGAUCAUAGCAUAAUUGUAAUAAUAUCGGCUAAAAAUUAAGAAUUUUUAUAAUUAAGAUUAAUUUCGUCAGUUUUUGUAAAUUAAAAAUCAUCCGUCAGGAUUAAAUUUCAGUAAUUCAUUUACAUUUCAUCAACAAAAACCGUUUCAUUAUGAAGAAAUCAUUGCAUUAAUUUGUUUAUAAUUUAGAGAUUUUAUUUUGUGUUAUGGUUUCUUCGGUGUUAAAAAGGUAUAAUUCGUUAUUUCCUAUAAGUGAAGUUCUCUAAAACGUUUUUAUUUUAUUUAUCUAUACACAUAUUUACUAUACUUCCUGUCUUUUUCUUAUUUUAUUCUACAUGAGACAUAUUUAUUAUUUGUAUUAUACAGGAAGUAUUGUUAUAGUUUUUUUUUCUUAAUGACGAUUAAAUUUUAUGUUACACAUUAAUUUGCUUUAGCAUUAUUAUGAUAUGCUUUGCAUUAAAAAAACAAAAAAAAAACAACAAUAAUGGGAAACUCACUUAUAGAAAACAGCUUUCCGUUUACAUAUUCUAGUAAUUCAUUUUUUUUUCUCGAAAAUUCAAGGCCGCAAAUUGUGAAUAUCAGUGUUAUUUUUAUACAAAUCGUUAUUUAAAGUUAACUGUUUAGGAAAAUGCUCCCAUCAUAAUUGAUUACGAUUAAGAGUGUUGCUACUUUUGAAAUGAAACAUAAGAAAAAUUAUGUACAUUAUAAACAGCGGAAUGCACUUUUGCGUAAAAACAAAACUGUGAAUUAUAUAUUGUAUACAUCGCAUCCUGUAAAUUAACAACAAUUUUUCUCUUACAUGAAAUUCUCAUGAUCAUGAGGUUACUUUAAAUAACCUGUGAAAAUUGAUUGAUUUACCUACAUUGUAUUAUUAUUCUACAAGCAAUUUUUAUUUUGAUGUGAUUAUAUUUUUUAAUUGUUUCUAUAUUUAAAAAAUUAUUUAAAUUUCAUACGAAGCAAAAAUUAAGUCUCUCAUAAUGUAUGUUCCUAGUAAUACAUAAACAUUAUAAUAAUUUUACAGCAAUUUAGCUUUUAUUUUCUGAAACUAUAAUUUAUUUAGAAAUGGCUAUUGCCUGUA